AUCAACUUUAUAGUCUCAAAAAGUAUCUGCCCACCGACAAAAACAAUAAAAACUAGCAUGAAAAAUUAUAAUUGUCAAAACCUCUACUAUAUGAUCGUGUGCGCUCUCAUCGGACUGGCACAUGCACGCCCUCUUUCCUAUGAUAAUAGCGUUGAGAAUCUCCGACCUACCGCAACUAAAACAACAGUAGAGCCCGACACGCUCGAUACAAAACUACCGGAAGUGCAACAGCAAAGCAUAGAGCCCGCUCUCGAAGCGCCAGCUCCUUUUGAGUUGAAUGAACGUGGGCGUCGCGCUUUGUCCGAGGCGCAACUCAAUGAGCCGGUCGAUGUGGAUUUCGAUAUGGAGCUGGCUGAAGUGAAUCUAUUUCGUCCACUCUUUCGUUAUCGCGCCGAAGUGGCACGUAACGUAGGAAGAGCGCGAAGAGUUGGCUAA